AAUGAAACUAACAGUCAGUGCUACUGAGAGCAGAAAUGGAGCAGCAGGCGGUUAAGCUGGAUCGAGAAACUUUCUCCUGUUCAAUCUGUCUGGAUCUACUGAAGGAUCCAGUGACGACUUCCUGUGGACACAGCUACUGUAUGAACUGUAUUACAAAGUUCUGGGAUGAAGGUGAGAAAAAGGAAAACUACCACUGUCCUCAGUGCAGCACAACCUUCACACAGAAGCCUGACCUGCAGAAAAACACCAUGCUAGCAGCUUUAGUGGAGCAGCUGAAGAAGACUGGACUCCAAGCUGCUCCUGCUGACCACAGUUAUGCUGGACCUGAAGAUGUGGCCUGUGAUUCCUGCACUGGGAAAAAACGGAAAGCCAUCAAGUCCUGUUUAGUCUGUCUGGUCUCUUUCUGUGAGAAACACCUUCAGCCUCAUUUUGAUUCAGCUGCAUUUAAGAAACACAAGCUUUUGGAGCCGUCCAAGAACCUCCAGGAGAACAUCUGCUCUAAGCAUGAUGAGGUGAUGAAGAUGUUCUGCCGCACUGAUCAGAAGUGUAUCUGCUAUCUCUGCUCUGUGGAUGAACAUAAAGGCCAUGAAACAGUGUCAGCUGCAGCAGAAAGGACUGAGAGGCAGAGAGAGCUGGAGGAGAGACGAGGAAACAUCCAGCAGAGAAUCCAGGACAGAGAGGAAGAUGUGAAGCUGCUUCAACAGGAGGUGGAGGCCAUCAAUCGCUCUGCUGAUAAAACAGUGGAGGACAGUGAGAAGAUCUUCACCCAGCUAAUCCGUCUCCUCCAGAAAAGAAGCUCUGAGGUGAAGCAGCAGAUCAGAUCCCAGCAGGAAACUGAAGUGAGUCGAGUCAAAGAUGUUCAGGAGAAGCUGGAGCAGGAGAUCACUGAGCUGAAGAGGAAAGACGCUGAGCUGGAGCAGCUCUCACACACAGAGGAUCACAGCCAUUUUCUCCUCAACUACCCCUCACUGCCAGCACUAGUGAGUCUACACACUCAUCCAGCAUCAACAUCCGUCCUCUGGGACACUUUGAGGACGUGACAGCAGCUGUGUCAGAGCUCAGAGACAAACUACAGGACAUCCUGAGAGACUCAUGGA